AUGUGCACGUCUUGUGAAAGCUGCAAACGGCGGGAUGAGUAUUUCUACAGAAAUUUGGAUGAUGAGAAGAAAUAUUUCUUGGUGCUUAUGAUUGGUGAUUUCCGAGAUGAGAUGAUAAUCCCAGAAGAACUUGUGCAGCGUUUCAAAAGGGAUAUCCUAGGGGAGAUCAAGCUAGAAACACGAAAUGGCGACAAUCACGCUAUUGUGGUCGCCAAGAUCCAAGAAAAGCGUAUCUUUACAGUGGGUUGGAGGCAAUUUGUUGCAAACUAUGAUCUACAGAUUGGUGAUCUCUUAAUGUUCAGAUACAAAGGAAACAGUCAGUUUAAUGUCAUAAUCUUUGAUAAACUUGGUCGUGAAAAGGCCUCAUCGGUUGUUCUGGAUCCUUUUAUACCUCGUGUCCAAGACAGGGGCAACGAGGCGCAUGAAAUCGGGUCUUCUGAAAAGAUGGAUGUGCAAUGUGGAAGAUGCAACAACUGGCUUGAAUAUCACUACGCGGACUUGGAUAAUGAAAAUAAAUAUUUCUUGAUGCUUAUGAUGGGCGAUUUUCAAUAUGAGAUGCAUGGUAGCACAUUAAUUCAGAUCAUCCCAGAAGGAAUUCUUGAGCGUUUCAAGGGCGAGUUCCCAAGAGAGAUCAAACUUGAAACACAAAAUCGUCGCAGCUACAAAAUUGGAGUCGCCGAGAACAAACUAGAUACUUGCUAUAAUCAAAAGCUUGUCUUUUCAGUGGGAUGGGGGGAGUUCAUCGAAACCUUUGGGCUACAGACGGGUGAUAUCAUAGUACUCAUAUACAAUGGCAACUCCCAAUUUAGUGUCAUAAUCUUCGAUAAACAUGGCUGCGAGAAGGCAUUAUCAGUUAUUGUAGACCCUGUUCCGCCUCCUGUUCAAGAAAGGCGUCCCUAUGGAGGUUCUUUAUCCUCUGAACAUGGCCAUGGAGUACGUGAUGUGCCCGUUUCCAGCAACAUUGUCAAGAGGAAGGCUAAGCUAUCUUCAUCUCAGAAGGAGCAGUUGAGGGAUGGUUACAUUACUGCACAUAAGACCAAGCUAACUUCAACUCAAAAGGAUGUGGUGAAACAGAAGGUCCAAUGUAUUGAGUCAAAGAUCCUCAUCUUUGUUGCUGUGAUGUACAAGUGCAAUGUGGAGUCACCAUUCUUUCUGACUUUCCCCAACUACUAUGCUCAAAAGUAUCUUGGAGAGGAGGCACGGAUGCAUCUUGAGCUGCUUGGUGUGAAGUGGCAAGUGCGGUUUCCAGACAAUCGUGGCGACAAAAAGCUCAAACAUGGAUGGAGAAAGUUUGCGCAAGGCAACAACCUGAAGAUGGGUGAUAUCUGCCUCUUUGAACUAUUGAGCAAUCAGAGUACCAUGGUGGUCUAUGUCAUCCCUGCAAAUGAUGCCAAUGUUGAUUGA